UAGAUCCAAGCUGUAUAAAUUCCAUCCCGCGCCAAAAGCUUGCUGCAGUGAUUCGAUCCACGGCCAAAGAACACAAGUCGCUCGUGGUAAAGGUGUGCUCUCCGAGGAAUAAUCAUGAAAUUGGUUGCUGUAAUCUUUGCCCUUUCAGUCAUCUCAGGCUGCCAGGGAAGGUUCCUGUUUCAGGAGGAAUCUAAAACCCAAUGGGAGAAGAUGGUGGACAAGUUCUGGGAGUAUGUAAACAGUGUGAGCUCCAGAACUGAAGAUAUGAGGAGGAGUAUACAGACCAGCCAACUUGGAAGAGAGCUUGACACACUGAUCAGUGACAGCAUGGCCGAGUUGCAGACGUACACUGAUGAUGUGAAGACAAAGCUGGCACCCUAUACCGACGAGAUGGCUCAAAAAGUGCACGAUGAUCUUCAGCUGCUGUCAAACAAAUUACGUGUACAUAUGGAGGAGGCAAAGGAACGCAUUACAGAAUACAGCCAGGAGCUCCAGACCAUGGUGGAGCAAAACGCAGAUGGGCUCAACAACAAAGUCAACACAUACAUCCAUAAACUGAAGAAACGCCUCAACAAGGACACCCAGGAGAUCAAAAAGAAACUAGAAACAUACUUCGAAGAAGUCCAAGCUCGUGCGACUCAGCAUGCAGAAGACGCGAACGAGCGGCUGACGUCUUACUUUGACGUAGUACGCCAAAAUGCUGAGGACAAGUUUAACAGCCUUAAAGAUUUGCUGAACGCCCAAGCUGAAAAAGUGAUGGAGAAAAUCAAAGAACAGGCUUUGGAGAUCAAAAGGAAUCUGCCUGACCUGCUCCAGAAGAAAAUGGAAGAGGUUAAAAACUGGUUUCAGCAAUUCUUAAAUUGAGGAGGAGCUAGAGACCACCAUUAAAAGGUUAUCAGUUUCAAAUGCCAAUUUUCAAUAAAGUAAGAAACAAUAUGUAAUAUUGUGCAAAAUUUUAUUUUUGAUAUCUUCCCUCUAUGAUAUAUUUUUCAAUGCCAGUGACUAAAAAUAAACCUAUUGAAA